AUGCCAGGCCUAGUUUCAGUCAAAACGCCGGCCGAUGCGCCGCCACUACGUGUGGCCGUGCCAGACACGCAACCUCUCCGAUCCGAGCUCUCGAACCCUCCCCGAACCCCGUUGAAGAAGACCCCUUCCUCUACUCCUUCUCGAUCCAAACCUUCCCCUGGCAGAUCCGGCAAAAAAGAUUCCCCCGGCGUUUCCUCCUCCGCCGCCGCAAUCGACGUCGACGAUCCGUCUCUCGACAAUCCAGAUCUCGGCCCUUUCCUCCUCAAACUCGCUCGCGACGCAAUAGCUUCAGGCGAAGGCCCAAACAAGGCAUUAGACUACGCGAUCCGCGCCACUAAAUCGUUCGAGCGAUGCUGCGCCGCCGUUGCUCCUCCCAUUCCCGGCGGCAGCGAUGGCGGACCUGUUCUCGAUCUCGCCAUGAGUCUCCACGUGCUCGCCGCCAUUUACUGCAGCCUCGGCCGAUUCGACGAAGCUGUCCCGCCGCUAGAGCGAGCCAUCCAGGUUCCCGAUCCGACUCGUGGCCCUGACCACUCCCUCGCUGCGUUUUCCGGCCAUAUGCAGCUCGGCGACACGUUGUCGAUGCUUGGCCAGAUCGAUCGAUCCAUCGCUUGUUAUGAAGAAGGUCUUAAGAUCCAGAUCCAGACUCUCGGCGAUACGGAUCCACGAGUCGGAGAAACUUGCAGGUACUUAGCAGAAGCAUAUGUACAAGCAAUGCAAUUCAACAAAGCGGAAGAGUUAUGCAAGAAGACUCUAGAAAUCCACCGUGCGCAUAGCGAGCCAGCUUCUCUGGAAGAAGCAGCUGAUAGGAGACUAAUGGCAAUCAUCUGCGAGGCUAAAGGAGACUACGAAAACGCGCUCGAGCAUCUUGUUCUCGCGAGCAUGGCCAUGAUUGCGAGCGGGCAAGAAUCAGAGGUCGCGUCGAUAGAUGUCAGCAUUGGGAACAUUUACAUGUCUCUCUGCCGGUUUGAUGAGGCUGUGUUCUCGUACCAGAAGGCUCUCACUGUGUUCAAGGCUUCUAAAGGAGAGACUCAUCCUACGGUUGCGUCGGUGUUUGUUAGAUUGGCUGAGCUUUACCAUAGGACGGGGAAACUCCGUGAGUCCAAGUCCUACUGUGAGAACGCGUUGAGGAUAUACAACAAACCGGUGCCUGGGACUACUGUGGAGGAGAUUGCUGGUGGGUUAACCGAGAUUUCCGCGAUUUAUGAGUCUGUUGAUGAACCUGAGGAAGCAUUGAAGUUACUUCAGAAGUCUAUGAAGUUGCUUGAUGAUAAACCUGGUCAGCAGAGUGCCAUUGCAGGAUUAGAGGCACGGAUGGGAGUGAUGUACUACACGUUGGGGAGGUACGAGGAGGCAAGAAACGCGUUUGAGAGCGCGGUGACGAAGCUGCGUGCAGCGGGCGAGAAAUCUGCGUUCUUCGGAGUCGUAUUGAACCAGAUGGGAUUGGCCUGCGUUCAGCUUUUCAAGAUCGAUGAGGCCGGUGAGCUGUUUGAAGAAGCGAGAGGGAUUCUUGAGCUGGAACGUGGACCGUGCGAUCAAGACACUCUCGGCGUUUACAGCAACCUCGCUGCUACCUAUGACGCCAUGGGAAGGAUAGAGGAUGCGAUUGAGAUAUUAGAGCAGGUUUUGAAGCUGAGAGAGGAGAAGCUAGGGACUGCGAAUCCGGAUUUCGAAGACGAGAAGAAGCGUUUGGCCGAGCUGUUGAAGGAAGCGGGGAGGUCGAGGAACUACAAAGCCAAGUCGCUGCAGAAUCUGAUUGAUCCAAAUGCAAGACCUACCAAGAAAGAGUCUUCUGGUAAAAAAUGGCCCAGCCUCGGUUUCAAGUUCUGA